AUGGCCUACGAAACGAAUUACCCAAUUCCAUAUCGUAGUAGGCUUACUGAACCUUUUGAGCCAGGACAAACGCUAAUUGUCAAAGGUAAAACAGCUGAAGAUUCUGUUAGGUUUACUAUAAAUCUGCAUAAUGCUACAGCGGAUUUCAGUGGAAAUGAUGUACCACUUCAUGUUUCUGUGCGAUUUGAUGAAGGAAAGAUCGUCUUCAAUACGUUAAGCAAAGGAGAAUGGGGCAAGGAAGAGCGAAAAAGUAAUCCAUAUAAGAAAGGUGAUGAUGUGGAUAUAAGAAUUCGAGCACACGAUAAUAAAUAUUCAAUUUUCGUAGACCAGAAAGAAAUAAAAGAAUACGAACAUCGAGUUCCGCUAUCGUCGGUCACGCAUUUUUCGAUCGAUGGCGAUGUUUUAAUUACUCACGUUCAUUGGGGAGGAAAAUAUUACCCGGUUCCAUAUGAAAGUGGUUUUGCUGGAGAAGGUCUCGCUCCAGGCAAAUCUUUGCUAAUUUUUGCCACUCCAGAAAAGAAAGCGAAACGGUUCCACAUCAAUUUGUUAAAGAAGAAUGGCGAUAUUGCGUUGCAUUUUAAUCCAAGAUUCGAUGAAAAAACCAUUUUACGUAAUUCGUUAAUUAAUGGCGAAUGGGGCAACGAGGAACGCGAAGGCAAAAAUAUUUUGGAAAAGGGAAUAGGCUUUGAUUUGGAAAUCAAAAAUGAAGAAUACGCAUUUCAGAUUUUCAUAAACGGUGAACGCUUCGCAACUUAUGCUCAUCGCUUGGAUCCUCACGAGAUUAAUGGGCUGCAAAUUGGUGGUGAUGUUGAAGUAACCGGAAUCCAAAUGCAUUAG